AUGUUAAUGGUGUCUCUUUCGGUUCAUAUCUGCAAAUGCUGUAGGUGGAAAGGGCAUUCAGAGGUACUUGUAACCUAUGUCAAUAAAGACAAGUCGUCUUUUCGAAGAGGUCAGUCAAGUAGAAGUCGAACAGCAGACGCCGAUAUCUUGUCGCAGCUUCCGACGAUAUCCUACGACGACGUCGAUAAAGAGAGUCCCGGCGGCGACUCCCGUCGGGAGAAAGAAUUCAGGAGUUCCGCGGAAGGACUUUACAUGGAUAUCCCAGAUUGCACGUUUAUUCAAUCAAAGGGCAAAUCUGACGUGUCUGCUGAUCAGAUGUACCAGGUGGACGAAGACGGAUACGCGAAGCCGCGCAAUGUGAUUGGAGGAACGACAUCGGUGUUGAUACCCGAGAUUGGUCCAAUCACAGACUCCCUUAUCGGUCACGUGGACAGACCGGUGAAGAAGCCAAAGCCGACACCGAUUCCCCGCUCUCGGAAGGACGGCCAAUCUUCAACGGAUAACGUCAAGUGAAUAAAUGCCCCAGUCACUCCGAUGCGUCGCGACGCCAAACCAACCGAUAAUAUGCCAUUGGUACUAACGUUGUAACUUUUAUCGGUCUGGAGUCGACUUAACCGAUGUGACUGAGUACAGGGGACACGAUGUUAAGGAGGCUUCAAAGACAUGUCUUACAACUCAAGAACCCACUUUCCAACAGUGACUUUUGC